ACGAGGCUGUCGUAAGCCUAUUGAAAACAAACUUACACGCUGGACUACCCCAAAGAAAAUCCAAGAUGACGAGUCGUGAACGGUGGCCUUGGAUAUAGACGUCGGGUCAAGGACACAACGGGAGACAAUCAAGAUGGCAUUCCUUGGCAUGAGUGAUGAUUUCGAUUUGGAUGAUGAUGGAAUCCUCCGUGACUCUGCCUCAAGCACUGGGGGCUUUCUGAUAGACAAUGAUGGUAUUGUGAGAGAUGACCUUGACCUUUACAAGAACACAGGCCACUGGACUGACUCUGGGUUCGGAGGAGACAAACAGUCGAGCACAUCCACACUAAGACAGCUACAGACAAGCUUUGAUGAUGACUCACGAAUAUUUGAUGUCGACCAAAGUGUGAAUAUCAGUGAGCUUGAAGCGUCCAAAGAUGACCUGAGCUUUGAUCGAGAAUCCGUCAACAGUUUCGAUCAGGAUUUUCAAGAUGGCAGCCGGGGAAAUACGUCUGCGGGUAUCGUAAGCAAUAGAAGCUCACUAGAGAAGCCCCAGGGUGUACAACAUAUUGAACACAAUCAAAGUGCUAACAAAUCAAAAGGUGAUAAGAGUGAACUCUUCACGGAGGAGUAUUAUCAGCAGCUGCGUGACCUCGGAGUGUUAGUGGAUGGUGCUGAUUUGUCCAAUACCAAAGACUCAGUCCAAGAUUUCGAACAGCUAGAGGCACAUCUGUCCAGGGAGAAUAUAUUUGAUGAUACAGCUCAGACGGACACUAUCGCUGAUUUUUUCAGGAAAGAAAAUGAGAGACAGAUUCAGGAACAGGCGUAUAGGUCACAGGAGUUCACAAAUGGGGGAGAGAACAGAUUCCGUCCAAAUUCUGUUGCCUCAGAGCAGACCCUCAGCAGCCAUUCCUUCCCAGAAGUCUCUCCAGAGGAGGCCCUGAUGCUGUAUAAUGUCAACAGAGCUGAGGAUUCAUUUGAUAAUGGGAAGUUUGAAUACGGAAAUCAAAGGGUUGUUGAUGCAACUGGUUUAUUUCACAGAGUUGGCGACACGUCAGGUAUAUUCCAGCGGAGCGGAGAUGAUGAUGAGAUCUUCUUUAUCACAAGUCGUAUGGGGUCAGAAGCCCCGAUGCCAAACUUCAGUCAGAAUGUGUCCCCUGCACCGUACUCCCCGCACAGCAGUCGGCCUACAAGCCGUGGUAGUGUAUACAGCAGCCGGUCUCAAACUCCUUACAGGGAUGAACUGCAGCAGAGCUCUACUUCUCUGACAGACAUCACACGACUCGGGUUUAAUCAGAGCUCUGUUAUACACGAACAGCCAGACUCUCCUGUGAAGAAGGAAGAGAGGCAACAACUUCAGACGCGACCUGAGUCUGCCAACAAUCAAACGAAGUCCCGACCUUCAUCAGUAGCCAGUCACAGAUCAACAGUUUCAGAAGCUCCUUCGUCCAAAACAAACCAGUCCGAUUCUUCCAAACAGCUGUCAAAAGCUAGAUCUGAAGAAAGUUUCUUUGAAGUCAACAAAACUCCUAGAUCUUCAAAUGAAAAAAUGCCAAAACGACUCCUACCAAAACCUGUUGAGGAGAACCAAAGCUUCAGGAUGAAGAGCAAGAGCACAACCAACAUCUCAAACCGACAUGGGCCAAUAAAACCCACACAUUUGUCCAUGUCUGACUUGUCCCGAUCUGGAGUGGAUGAUGGGAUGGAGGGUGAAGGUGACAGGUCGCAAGGAGAGUUGACUGUAAAACUCAAACAGGAACACUUGAAGCGGAAACAGGCUACAGAGCUGGUCCAGCAACUGCAGAAGGACUAUGACAGUCUGUUGUCCAAGUAUGCUAUGGCAGAACUGACCAUUGAUCAGAUGAGGCUUGGAGCAAAGAUAACACUUCAUUCAGACUCCCCGACACCGAACCAGAUUCAAACUGGGACCUUAACAGCGGCUCAGCACCCACAGGUUAUACAGAUGGGCAGUGCAGCACAUGGUGUGCUCUCAAACUCUCCCGCACCAGGGGUCGCUGGACACUUCAGCCCUCAGCCUGAUAGUCUCAGCUUGCGUGACAACCGAACACCAACCAGUGUCUCGGAGAGUUGGGCAGCAGGGCGGUCGGACAGGGGGGUUGGAGGGGAUUCUCGGAGACCGUCCAUAACGGAGUCGGAAGAACGUGGAUUUGUACCCCAGAAUGUCGGAGCUGAGAAAGUGAAGAAUGAGCUGCUGCAACAGGCUGGCGGACUGAAUAAACGGAUUGAGUCCUUCAACUCCCUCCUGGAACAGAGACAGCUGACCCUAGAAGAGCAGGAGGAGGUGUUUGAGAACAUCCGCACUGACCAUGAGGUCCUCCGUAGACACUACCUCCAAGCAAAGGAGGAUUACAACGUGCUUCGGGAGAUCUGGUGCCUCCCUCAAAGAUGCUAACUUUGACCAAGGCAAGGAACUUGAAGGAGAGCUGUUCCGACUGGGUAUGAAAUUUGAUGAAGUUCAUGCCAAUGUUGAAACAAACUUGAAGGAAAAAUCAGCAACCAGACAGCCAUUCCAAAGCAACAGACUCGCAGAGUCAGUG